UUCAUCAACAUAGACACACCAAGGUUCAAUGUGAUGUAGUGAACAGGAUAUUUAAAAAUUAUGCAAAAUAAAAUUGCCUCUCCAUCCAUCACAAUCCCAGUUGGGCUACUGGCCAGUAUACACAGUCACACCUUUAACUGAUGUCAGCAGUAAACAGUGUAAAUCCAUUGAUAUAAUCCAUAAAGUGGGAUAUCCGCCAUUGAUAUGUAAGACCAGUUAAUUGUGACCAUAGACAUUGUUUCUUUUCAUUUAAGAGAGAAAGAAUCAAACCACCUCAAUGGAUACAUUGUGAGUACAUUUAAUAAUACUUCUUUUGGGUAACACCACUGUACUCCAUGCCUUAGAUGGAAAGUGAAUGCUUACACCUGACCUGUAUUUUUCACGUGGGUGUUCAGCUUUGUAGUCUGGUUCAUUCUGCUCGCACACAACAUUCAUUUCACCUAACCCCCUUUUUAGCUGUCUCUCGCUUUUGCUGCAGACAAAAAGCAGAGUUGUAAAAGUUCAUUUACAGCCAUGUAGAGCAAAGCAGAGCAUUUAAGCCCCAUUGUAGAGGCCCCCUGGAUUGUCUUUGUGUUAAUUGAGCCACCUACAGACAUCACUCUCUCUCCCUCCCUCUGUACUGUCUCGUUCUCGCUCUCUCGCUCUCUCCAUCUCGCUCUCUUUCCAGGCACGGUGUUGCUCUCACAGGUUGACAGUAAACUGAGGUUGUUCUGAAGAUGGGAGGGACGGACUUACUAUUCCACUUACCUGGCAGUCUGACUAAGUGGUCCUGCCUGCUAUCUAUACCCUAACACCCAGACUGGACUGACCCAUUUGGGUUUGUAUGCGUGGGGGGAGGAUAGCAAGCUGAACCUGUGUCGAGUCUGAAGUGGCCUCGGCAGGCUGAGCCCAUUGUGACGAAGACACUUCAACAGGCGCCAGCGGCAGAUGAGGUCUGCUGCUUCAUUUUCCAAGGCUUUGUUCUCUAAGACAUCAUAACACCAUUUAAGCUCUAGCAGUGAAACAACUUUUGCAUCAACCAUCAAGCUUUGGUGCAUUUGGAGGCACAGUUUGGAUGCACUUGGACAACGGACAGAAUUGGACAAAGCCCUAUUUGUGCUUUAUCAAGACAUCUGUCUUUGUUUUAUUUAUCUUCUGUGGACCUUUUUGCUCAUAGGACUCUAUCAGUUGUUUUUGACUUCCAGCGAGAGCAUACAUCUUCAGCGACGUCCCUGAAUCGACUAUCCGGUUUCAUUGGCCUGACCCAUCUAGGUAAGGCUACACCAAUCCUGUGGGGUAAUAGACAAUUUUCUUGUAAUCAGCUCCGCGCUUGGGUUAGUGCCAGAGCUGCUGACAGAAGUGGAUGACAUUAAUUGUACCCUACCCACAAACCCACAAGUCCUGAUGGUGCCGUUUCUGAAGCUCAAUCAAUCGAAAAUAGGGGAGCUGCCACAAGUGGCUGCACAUCUAUUGGCUCUUCAAUAAUUAAUCAGUUUGAAAGGGGGAGGAAAACAAUUGAGCUAGGAGUGACAGAUGGUGGUAGAGGAAGAGAAGACUAUUACUGGGAGGAAAAAAAAAAGUAAAAAAAAAAGCUCAGUUGAAGACAUCUGACCAGAUGUUGAAAAGAAACAGAGACAAAAGAAGCUUGAGAAGGGAAAGUAGUUUGACAGGACUGUGAGUGACUCAAAUUCAGGAUUGUGAAAGGCCCAGACACAGAGAGCAGGUAUAGCAAAGGAGUGGGCCUUGACGUGAGAAAGAAGACAUAGACUAGUGUAGUAAAGGUCAGUUUCAGGUGGAGGUCAGAAGAAAUCGAGAGCAGCCAUCAUGGUCAACACAGGCAUGCAAUUAAUCAGCUUCACCUGCGCGGUAACAGGUUGGGUCAUGGCCAUCGCUGUGACGGCCUUGCCUCAGUGGAAGGUGUCCGCCUUCAUCGGCAGCAACAUCCUCACCUCCGAGGUCAAGUGGGAGGGCAUCUGGAUGAACUGCAUCUACCAGACCACGGGCCACAUGCAGUGCAAGACCUACGACUCCAUUCUGGCUCUGCCCCCAGACCUCCAGGCAGCUCGUGCCCUCAUGUGUGUGGCCAUCUUUCUGGGCUGGCUCUCCUGCACAGUGUCCUGCUGUGGAAUGAAGUGCACCACGUGCGCUGGCGACGACCGCCGCGCCAAGGCAGGCAUCGCCCUCUCCGGUGGCGUGCUAUUCAUCCUGACGGGCCUGUGCGUGCUGGUGCCCGUCUCCUGGACUGCCAACACGGUGGUCCAGGACUUCUACAACCCCAACGUGCCUGUCAUGUACAAACGAGAGCUGGGCCAGGCUAUCUACCUGGGCUGGGCAUCUGCGGUUAUUCUGAUGAUCAGCGGGGCCGUGCUGAGCAGCACCUGCCCCCAUAUCGAGAGGGGAGGACGGGAGUACCGCCGGGGAUACAUGGGCCGGAGCUUUCCUAACUCGCGCCCCUCCCCCCUCGCAUCUGAUCCUCCGAAACCUUUCACCUCCAACAGCGUGCCCCUAAAGGAAUAUGUGUAGUCAGAGAAUAUAUGUGAAUAUGAAUGUAAACAGGGAUUGGAGUAUGGGAAGGAGCAAGUUUGAGAAUGAGAAGAGGAAGUAGAAGGCUGGAAAAGGAAAAACUGUGCAACUGUGGGUGGAGAAGAGAAGUGACUUGGAAGGUUUUGAAGAUGUGAAGCGUUAGAUUUGAAACUCUACUCUGCAGUUCUCUCUUGCUCUUCUACCGCGAUACAUUUUGAUUUACUCUAUUUCAAAUUAAUUUUUUCCACUAAAUGUAUUGGUGUGUGUAUAUAUACAGUACCAGUCAAAAGAUUACACACCUACUCAUUCAA